UGUCAGUAUGCCGCAAAAUCAGAAUCAAAUCAAAUCAGACCGGGUACUAAACCUGACUGCAAAUACUCGCUAUAUUUUCUCUCAUUUUUGAAAAAAUUUCUUCAUGGAAAAUUGACAUUUGGACAAUAAAUCAUUAUAUUAUAUCCUACAUUCAACCACGGACUACAAGGAAAAUUGACAUUUUGACAAGAAAAAUCAUAUAUUAUUACGUACCAUCAACCGCGGACUAUCAAUUUGAUAGAGGACACAUAAAGAUGAGAAGAAAAUUACGUUACGUUUUAGUUUUGGCCGUUGCCAUCGUGAAUAUCAUUGGUUUCAAUUCUCUUAUGAAAUUGUCUCAUCAACGCCGGCAUGUCGUCGUGGACAAUGUUGAACAAAACCUUCAUGGAGCUAUAAUGGCAGGUGUCCCGAUAAAGGGACCAAGAAGUCUUCGUCCAAUGACAGAUUUAGAAACAAGUCGGAAUGUGAGGCCUCUGAAAACUGCCGAUUUGUUUAAUCAACUGAAGAACCUGAAAACUGCAGAUUUGCUUAAUUUACUAAACCUGAAAAAGAUUGAUGAGAGGACAGCAAACAUGUUACACCGAUUAACACUCUCGGAGAAGGAUGAGAUACUGUCACCUCCUCCGUGUGAAGACGACAUAUAUUUGCUCAUUCUGAUGGUGAGUAGUGUUGGGAAUUUCAAGCGCCGAGCAGAUGUAAGGGAAUGGCUAAAGAUUAAACCAUAUCGAGGGAAGAAAAUUCGGUUGGCUUUUAUCGUUGCACGAGUGUAUGAGCCCAAAACCGAGGCAAAACUACGCAAUGAAAGUUCUGUCUACAAUGACAUCAUACAGGCCAACUAUAAGGAAGCCUAUCGCAAUCUGACAUUCAAGGCCUUGGCAGUAUUAAAAUGGACCGUGACACAAUGUGGGCAUGCAAAAUUCCUGGUGAAAAUUGACGACGAUGCAGUCAUGAUCUAUCAACACAUUGUGGACUAUGUCAUCGGACUGGAGACAAAAAAUGUGACCAUGGUAUACCAAGGCGCUACAUAUGCCGCAUUGGAACCUUUAAGGAAUCCGAAAAGUAAGUGGUACAUCUCUCAUGAAGAUUUUAACAAUGAUACCUAUGCCCCAUAUGCCAGCGGGUUCUUUGUUUUGUUUUCGGCAGAAGCUGUUCAGAAGAUGUACCACGCUUCUUUCCACGUCUCACGAGUCUAUGGCGUCACGAGGCAGACUUUUCCAGUUGAUGACGCUUUCCUUGGGGUCCUUGCAAGAUACAGCAACAUUAAACUGAGGAACCUGCCAUAUGUUAUAUACAAUUGGCCGCAAAUUGAAAAAGUACUGAAGACGGAUAAGUGUAUCCUGGUUAAGUUGAUAGCUUCACAUGGCUUUCGUAAAAGAAGCAACGAGAUAGUCAAGUAUCUAAAACAACUGGAGAAUAUGACUGAAGCUGAAGUGCAAACCUGUGAAAAGAGGAAAAAUGUGUAUCCCAUAAACUAAUAAGGGGUAUUGACAUCCCAAUAGGCUGAACUGAUUUUCACAAGGGGAUGUUGAAAUGAUGUCAAACUUUGAAACUGAAGACCAAACUGAUGUCGCUACAAUGCAAUGACAGUUAAAGCCCCGUUUAACGAUGGCCGUUAUUUUGCCGAUGCCCUAUUGAAUGAAUGAAUGAAUGAACGAAUGAAUGAAAUUUACAUUUAUAUACCGCAAAAUUUUGCUCUAAUGCGGUGUUUCAAAAUAUCGUCUGAACCACUGGGUUUUAGCCCGCACCUGAGAAUAGCAACAGUCUUAGCCUUUUUUAUCUCAAUGAUGAGCUCAUUCCAAAGUCUGGCCGCCUGUACAAGGAAGCUCCUGCCACUGUUCGUCUCCAGGCGAUACCUGGGGAUCCUCAGGAGACAUUUGUCUUCAGUCCUCAGGGAUCGCCCGGAGUCACAUGAUGGGAGGAGCUCGGAUAUGAAAGCAGGGGCAAGUCUGUUUCUUGUUUUGUAUAUGAGGAGCAUUGUCUUGAACUCUAUACGUUCAUGGAUUGGUAGCCAAUGUAGACUUCUCAGCACGGGGGUAAUAUGUUCACGUUUAUGCGUCCCUGUGAUUACUCGCGCUGCGUGAUUCUGAACCUUUUGUAGCUUAUCAAGUAUAUUUUCAUCGGCACCAACGAGCAGGCUAUUACAAUAAUCCAGUCUGGAUAUGACAGUUCAUUGCACUAGAAGUUUUGGAGCUUCUUGCGUAGGAGCUUUCGCAUGCCGCCAAUGUUUCGGAUUUGAAAUGUUGCACACUGUACUAGCUUGUUCACAUGUGGGCCCAUUGACAGCGUUUGAUCAAACAUAACACCAAGAUUUCUGACUGGGUCAGGUGACACAUUGACCUUUAUGCCAGCGACCAUCAGGGCAUGGAUAUUGAGUGAGUUUACGACUCUCUGAGACCCAAACAACUUGAUCUCCGUCUUGGUGGGAUUUCCCUUGAGUUUGUUAUCCCGUCAACUAGUUCUAUUAACAAACCUGUAGUUCUUACUAAAUUCUUGUAAUAAAUUGUGUUAUGUAUUAUUGCAUGUAAGGUUACCCUGAACCCAGUUGUAGCUAGAGAAAAGGUAAUGUCCUCUUCAAACAAAAUGUGAAACUAAAGUUGUUCAGAUCAAAGAAUACAGAAUUAGUUAGUCUUCUAAAGGUUGAAAAGGUACAGAUUUGAGGCAAAAUUAAAGUUGAGGAUCUAUUGUCCCAAACCCAGUCAGGUAGAGGUUAUUAUCCGACGUCACACUUUCUAUCUAUCCUAAAACCUUUCAGAAGAAGUCAGAUAGAUGCACGAUGAAUCAGCACUGCAACUUGACAAUUUCUCACUGGUAGCCAAUUGGGGUGAGGAGACCUGCCUCAAGCAAAAUGCUAACGCUCACAUCGAUGGUGGGUUUCGAUCACGGAUCUCUUGACUGUUAGCCUGAAGACCUGACCAUAACUGCGGCUCCUUUGGUAGAUGGCCGACAUUGCAUCAGGAUGGAGUUGGAGGGAGGGGGCUGAUCAGUUCUUUGUUUUAGUUGGGCACAAACAUGAAAACAGUCAUGAUUGAUCGAAGAGGACGCAACUUUAGUAACCGCUCCAAACUCAACUGAUAAAAGUUUUGACGUAGCAAUGAUCUCUUGCUUUUUUUUAAAGCAAGAUGGCCCACAAUCCCACAAGAAGAGCCACACAAAUGCACAACAUGCCCCACACGGGUUGUAGCCCUGACUGUCUCGACCUAAAUCACCAAUGAUAAGCCGGGCUCUCGGAUAUUGGGGCAACGCUUCAUCAUUAUUAUCAAUCAAUAUACAACCUGGAAUGUCAGAACAAAGCAAAAGUUCUGAUACAAUCAGACAUUUUGUAAACAAACAUAUCCUAAACUUGAUCUAUCACUUGAGGUUUUGAUGUAGGUUGCACAGUUCAAUGGAGUAGGGUUGGAGCAGAAGAUCCUUCCAAUGAUUCCAAUGCAACCUACCAGAAGGACCUUCGCAUAAGUGAACUACUUCUUACUGAAUGCACUGCUUAGCAGCUACAAUGUUGUCUUGAACACAUGAAAUGAACAUUGAAAUCAAACUGAAGAUACUGCAGCAUCAGUCAAGUUGUAUGGCAUCUACAAAUACCAACACCAACUAAAGAUAGAUUUCAGCAUUGGAAAGUAUUCAACCUUGCCCCAUCUGUCAUACCUUCAAUUUUGCAUAUAGUAAUAUAGAAUAUAAGCAUUAUUGUUGUAUACUGGGGCAAGGUUGACACUAGGUAGCAUGAAGCAUAUGCAAUGCUAGGUAAUGCUCAACGCUCAAUUCUUGCCACGCUUGGGAAUUCCAGAGCAUUCUCAGGUGCUAAGAAAAUCAGACACAUAAAGAAGCCAGGGGUGAAGAAGCAGUAAGAAUCUAGAAGAAUUAUGCUUCAUCAGUUCAUCGGCCCGUGACUGACAGCAAAUUUCGUCUAGACAAAAAAAGAUACAACUAGGUUGGCAAAAAUCUUCGUUGAAUCAACUUUACCAGAGUAAAAAAGCAAAACAUUGAUCAAGUACAUACAUCAACUUGUUUACCAAAUUGGCUUUUUUAUAAAAACAAAAUACCUUUCCUAACUAGAGGUGUCUGACUCGAAACAAAUCUCGAGCUAAGAGGUAUUUUGAAUAUGUUUUUGUGAAAUUUUACAUUAAUGUAGCCACUGUCUUUUACUUGGUCCCACCUGAUAGGACUGAUGUCACAAUUGUAUCAGUUGCUUCCCUCAAAGUGCGCCCCACCUUUCGAAAUAUCUUGGAUCCGCCCCUGCAUUUAGGGCAAAGUCCACAAAGUAUCUGUUGCUAAAGAAAGGAUCAAGGUGCUGCACUUUCUUGUUAAUUGAUCAAAAGGACAGAUGACACAGACUGCAACAGCCCAGUGGUGAACUCUAUUCAUGACACAUGAAGCAGCUGUCUCAAUUGUUUUAUUUCGGUCUUAUACUUUUGUUGGCCACGUAAAAUAGUCUGUAGCCUGACAGGACCUAUUAAGGGCAAGCUGAUCACGUGAACACAUCCUCAUCAUAUCAUGGUGGCAUCACAUGGCAAAAUGUGAUUUCAUGACAAAGGUGUGUGCCCCGCUGGGUACUGACAGCAAAAAGUCAUGUGAUCUGCAUUAAGUCAGGCAACAUCUAUCACCGAACACAUUGGAGCAUUGAAAUUUGUCAUGCUACAGAUAAAAAAGUUUUCAAGUCCAAAAAUUUUGUUCACUUGCUUUUUUCUGCUCAAAAUGAAGAAAUAUCAUCAGACCCCAAAAAAUUUGGGCUUUGAAAAUUUUUCAGAAUUUUGAACAUAAAAAAAAUUCAAAUCUGAAGACUGAAAAAAUUUCUAAGUCCAAAUAUCUUGUUCACUUCUUUUUUUCCUGCUCAAAAUGAAGAAACAUCAUCAGCCCCAAAAAAAAUUUGGCUUUGAAAAUUUUUCAAAAUUUUGAACUUAUGAUUAAGUUUAACAAUUUUGGCGGGAAAACGUAAUCAUGCAUUUUGUCCCCGGAUUUUCAACUUCACUAACACGACCAUUCAACCUCGGUCCCAUGAGUGGUCGUGUUACCGGGUUCUACUGUAUGUUUCUUUUUGUUGUUUUUAUCUCAUAUUAUUGUAUCAUAUAUCUUUAUUGGCCAUGUAGAAUUAGCGGAAUGAGCAGAAUGAGUGGAUUCUGUACAAAAUAUGAUAUAAUUUCAUACAAAAUGGAACUUAAUGAAUUCAUUAAGUUUUAAUUUGUUCAACCACAAAGAUUAUUGAAAUCGCUUUUUACAGUCGUUAAGCUAUGACUCGCAAUGAGGGCAUGAAAACUGGUCUGUAGGGACAGUUUAGUUCAGUCAGUAGCCGUGCGCAGCGCUGUAUUACUGUACCCCCCUUUGUCUUCAGAGUUCAGGCAUGGCGACCAUCAUCGUGACAAAUACUUGCUUUUCCAGGUGAUUUAAGCUCAGAAUCCGCUCAUUCCGCUAAUUCUACAUGGCCGUCUUUAUAGGCCUUUUUACACAGUGGUGAUAAACUGAACUGUCCUAAACCAACCCCGGGUCGGUGCUGACAAGGUCACUUCACCUGGAGUUAAAUCCCAUUCAGACAGUGCGGGUUAGCUGAACCGGCUUCGAUCCGGAUCGGAGCCGGUUUGUUCGUGCCUUGGCCGGUUUUAAAUUGUAUUAAAAGGCCUACCAUGGUCACGUUCAACUCAGAAACAUUGAUGUUUUAUCAGCUGUUGCAUCCUCCCUGUAACAGCUUUGACUGCACAUACAAUUUACAGACCAGUUUGGUUUAAAUCUUCAGAUCUCAAAAUGUAUAAAAAGUCUAUGAACAACAUGUAGUCCUUGAACAACAUAGUGUCUAUGAACUUCCCUUGCAAUAUGUCAAUUGUACAGGCCCUAUUAACUGAUGGAUAUCAUAGGAUACACAUGGUUACAUACAUACACGCAUCUUAGAUGUAUAACAUGACUCAUCGCUAUACAAUGUAUAUAUAAAACACACAGACUCAAACCGAUCUGGUCCGAUCGCAUUUACACAGCGUGAAGCCGUCUUGACCGGCCUAAUACUCCUGAACCGACCCGAGACUGUGCUAUUUGGCGAGUCUCGGGUGGGUUCUCGGG